ACGCUCCUGCAACAAACACAUGAUGAGGUAUGCCGAUCACGGAAGCACGGUCCGGGAUGCCGUCUGCGCCUGCGUGGAAGGAUUCCAUUUCCCAAACGAGGACCAGAGAGCUUGUGUGCCCAACAAAGAAUGUCCCAAAGGAACAGUCCCGGGAAUUUACGGAACUUGUGAGCCGUGUUUGCCAAAGGGAGGCUACUCAGACAUAGCGGGCAAAAUCAAGGAAUGCAAGCCGUUAACCAUCUGUGAAGAACAAAACCGAUGCACGAUUAAGAAAAGUAAUGGAGAAAUGGACAAUGAGUGUGGAGACAUUGUUAAAG